AACAGCUGUUCAGUGUCACUUUUGUUUAUUAUUGUGAAAUUACUUAAAUUCAAUUUAGAAUUUAGAAUUUAGAACGAUGCUGGAGGCACGCUUCGGACAAACUCUGCUGCUGAAGAAGAUUGUGGAUGCCCUCAAAGAGAUCAUCUCGCAGAGCACGCUAGACUGCAGCGAAACGGGCAUGCAGCUGCAGUCCAUGGACAAUUCGCAUGUUUCUCUGGUGGCUCUGAGCCUGCAGACAGAGUGCUUUGAGAAAUACCGAUGCGAUCGCAAUGUCUCCCUUGGCUUGGAUCUGAAAUCUCUGGCCAAAGUGGUCAAGAGCGCCAGCGGCGAUGACUCUGUGACGCUUAGUGCAGCAGACAAGGCCGACAAGCUGCUGCUUAGCUUCGAGUCGGACAACAAGAGUCGCACAGCGGACUACGAGCUAAAGCUGCUGAAUCUGGACCAGGAUCAUCUGGGCAUACCCGACACCGACUACGCCUGCACCGUGCAGAUGCCAUCGAGCGAGUUUGCACGCAUCUGCCGGGACAUGAGCUUGUUCAGCGAAUCGGUGGUGAUUUCGUGCACCAAGCAGGGCAUCAAGUUCUCGGCCAACGGCGACAUGGGCUCCGCCAACAUUAAGCUGUCCGACACCUCCAAGGGGGACAUCACCAUAGACGUGGAUGAGCCCAUAACCCAAUCCUUUGCUGGACGAUACCUGAACACUUUCACACGAGCCACACCGCUGUCGGAUCGGGUCAAGAUUUGCCUAGCGCCCGAGGUUCCUCUGCUGGUGGAAUAUCCCAUUGAGGAUUAUGGGUUCAUACGCUACUAUCUGGCCCCAAAGGUGGAUGAAGCGGACGCCUAAAUUAUUAUAGAAAACAUCAUGUGCAAUAUUUUCAACCUUUCCAAAUAUUAGGCUUACUCUUUUUAGUUGUAAGAAUUUUCUAUGUAUACAAUAAAUAAUUGUAUUUAUAGCACAUACUAUUUAUUAAUUAAAGCCUGUACUCAGACAUAUGUAUGUACUAAUCGGCAAUUUUGAUUAUUUUCCUCGACAGAGACCCUUCUGUUAAGAUAUUGUCCCAACGACAGUACUUUUUGUU